AUGACAUGCCGCUCGUGGGGGCAGUACAACUUUGAGACCUUUGAUGGUCUCUAUUUUUACUACCCUGGCAAAUGCACUUACACUCUGCUGAGGGACUGUGAGGACACCACACAGUCCAGUGUGCUCAUUCAGGUCCACAAUGACCCGGGCUGUGGCUCCUUUCCAUACACUUGUGCCCGGUCCAUCAGCCUCUUUCUGCCAUGGGAGGGGGAGAUCAGGUUGCAAAACUUCACGGUUACCUUUAAAGGCCAAAGUGUUCAGCUCCCGUUUCACAUUCACGACAUCGAAUUGGAGAGGAUAUCUCAGUACAUCCUGGUGACUCAGCGUCAUGGCUUCACUCUGGCGUGGGAGGGCUACAGUGGAUCGGUCUACAUCAAGAUGAGUCCAGAGUACGUCGGCAGGACCUGUGGGUUGUGUGGAAAUUUUAAUGCCGAUGUUCAAGAUGAUCUGAAGACCAGCUAUGGCAUUGUCACUGAAGAUGUGGCCAUGUUUGGGAACAGUUGGACUGAAGAGGAGCCCAAUCAGGCCAGCUGUGCCAUGGUGCCCUCACUGUACCCCUCCCCCUGUGCAGCGCAGGAUGCCCACACCCUUUUGAAAGUUGAAGAAGUUUGUGCAACACUGAUGAAGGACCCUUUCAAAUCGUGUCAUGAGUUUGUCAGCCCUUAUUCUUUUAUGGCCAGUUGCUCAAAUGAUCUAUGCCUGUCUGGUCCCAGCGGUGAUGAAGUAUGCCAAGUAUUUACUGAGUAUGCCAGGGCCUGUGCCCAUGCUGGCCACACGCUGCACGACUGGAGGUCUCACAUACAACCGUGUGCUAUCUCCUGCCCAAUGGAACUCGUCUACAACGAAUGCAUCACCUGCUGUCCCAUAUCCUGUAACGUAGAGAGGAUGUGCAUCGACAGCAAGCUCCAGUGUCUGGACGGAUGUUACUGCCCUGAUGAUCUAAUCUUCGAGGAUGGGAGCUGUGUCAAGGCCUCGGACUGCCCCUGCGAGUUCCAUGGCAUGCUCUACUCCUCUGGACAAGUGGUGCAGGAGGAGUGCAACAACUGCACCUGCCUGGGGGGAGUGUGGGACUGCACUGAGUACACCUGUCCAGGAGAAUGCUCAGUCACUGGCGAUAUGUACUUCCAGUCCUUCGAUGGGCGUGUUUACACCUUCCCAGCCACAUGCCAGUACGUCCUGGCAAAGAGUCGCAAUUCUGGAAAAUUUACUAUCACCAUUCAGAACUCACCUUGUGGACCAAAUCUGGAUGGGGCUUGCAUCCAAUCAGUUAACCUGGUUGUUGACGAGGAUCCAAGGACAGAGAUUACAAUGAGCCACAUUGGCGAGGUCUUCGUGUCUAGCCAGUACCGAAUCUCCUUGCCCUAUUCAGACGAUGUGUUCCAUAUCCAGGAACUGUCCAGCAUGUUCCUGCAGGUGCAGACCUCACAGGGCUUGAGGCUGCAGUACAACUGGCGGGAGUUCCGCUUGUACCUGCAGGUCUCUGAGCUGUGGAAGGAGGACACAGUGGGCCUGUGCGGGACCUUCAAUGGGAACAUUCAAGAUGACUUCCUGUCUCCAUCUGGAAUGAUAGAGAGUACUCCACAGCUGUUUGGCAAUGCCUGGCGUGUGCCCUCUGCUUGUAUGCCCAGUGUCAGCCUGCCACAGUUGGACCCCUGUGAUAUCCACCAGCAGACGGCGUCCUAUGCGGCUCAGAUGUGCGACAUCUUAAACCAGGGCCUGUUUGCGCCCUGCCAUGCGUACCUGAGCCCCGUACCCUUUCACCAGCAGUGCCGGGCAGACACCUGUAAGUGUGGGCAGCCCUGCCUCUGCUCUGCCCUGGCACACUACGCCCGCCACUGCCGACGCUUCUCCAUCAUCAUCGACUUCAGAGCUCAGGUGUCCGACUGUGCUAUUACAUGCCCAGAGACAAUGGAGUAUGGCACGUGUGUGUCUGCCUGCCAGCGGCGAUGCCAGUUCCUCUCCAUACCCCAGCUCUGCGAUCAGGAGUAUAAGACGUGCCCCCCUGGCCAGCGGUAUCACGAGUGCGGUGAGGUGAUGUUCAACUCAGUCCCGAGCAAAGGAGUGGCCUGUGAGGAGACGUGCGAGUCUUACCUGCUGAACCUCACCUGCUCUGCACACGAGCCCUGCAUCCCCGGCUGUGUCUGCCCAGAGGGCCUGUUGAAACAUGGAGAUGAGUGUUUCCCGCCAGCAGCCUGCCCCUGCCUCUGGAAAGGGAAAGAGUACUUCCCUGGAGACCAAGUCACAUCUCCAUGUCACCAGUGCGUUUGCCAGCAUGGAACGUUCCAGUGUGUCUUCCAGCCUUGCCCUUCAAUGUGCACUUCUUAUGGAGACCGUCAUUACCGCACUUUUGACGGACUGCUGUUUGAUUACGUCGGUGUGUGUAAGGUGUAUUUAGUGAAGAGUAGUGUGGAGUCAAUGCUGAGUGUAUCAGCUGAGAAUGUGGACUGUUAUGAAAGUGGAGUGAUCUGUCGAAAGGCAUUGCUCAUCACCAUUGGCAGAUCUGUCAUUGCCUUUGAUGAUGAUAGUGGCAAACCUAGCCCGUCAAGUGUGAUGGACAGGAGGCAGAGCAUGUACAUAUGGCAGGCAGGCUACUUCACCAUUGUGCACAUCCCCGAGGUGGACGUCACUGUGCUGUGGGACAGGAAGACCACCAUCCACAUCCAGGCUGGACCUCGCUGGCAGGGUAAGCUGUCAGGUCUCUGUGGGAACUUUGACCUGAAGACAGUGAAUGAAAUGAGAACUCCAGAGAAUAUCGAUUCUUCAACCGCGCAAGAGUUUGGAAACAGCUGGACCGCUGCUGAGUGUGUUAAUAGUCCUGACAUCAGACACCCGUGCAGCCUGAGCCCGCUGCGAGAGCCGUUUGCUAAGAAGCAAUGUGGGAUUCUACUCAGUGAAGUUUUCCAAGUCUGCCACCCAGUGGUGGAUGUGACAUGGUUCUAUAUGAACUGUCUGGCAGAUACCUGUGGCUGUAACAGAGGUGGGGAUUGUGAGUGUUUCUGCACCAGUGUGGCAGCAUACGCCCACCAGUGUUGCCAGCAGGGCAUCAGUGUGGACUGGCGCACCCCCUCAAUUUGCCCAUACGACUGUGAAUAUUACAACAAAGUUCUGGGCAAAGGGCCUUUCCAGUUGACCACGUACAGGGAGAGGGACACAGUGAUUGCAGCCAACAGGACCAGUGGAGUUGUUCUGCCCAGAAGGAGAUCCAUUGCCGCCCGCGGGCUCCUGUCCAUGUUCAUGAUGACCCCAGGCCUCAGCAAAGAGCGACCACAUGAUACAUCACUUGUGUCUUUCGAGGCUGUGGACAGACCAAACUACUUCCUGCGAGUGGACAGGGGUGGACAUCUUAGACUGGCCAAGUGGCAGGACAAAGAGGCCUUCCUGGACGAGUGCACGUUCGCCCUGCACCGGGACACCUGGAUCUCUGGCUAUGACUCUCUGGAGUCCUUCUCCAAGCCAGGCUUCUUCAUGCACUACAUGCUCUCCUGGGUUCACCUCAUGAAGUACAACCACUCAGAUGGCUUCCGCAGAGCCACGCUCUUUAGGCUAACAGCUCCAUCCCCAGAGUACCAGAUUGGUCCGCGGUGCCAGUGGCGGUACGAGUCGUGCGUCAGCCCCUGCUUCAGGACCUGCAGCGACCCGUCGGGCAAGAGCUGCGUCACUAUUCUAAAAGUGGAGGGAUGUCUCCCUCUCUGUCCUGCUCACAUGGUCCUGGAUGAGGUCACCCAGAGAUGCGUCCAUCUGGAAGACUGCACUAAGCCCCCAGUUGCCGUGCAGCCCAUUACUCCGUCCAGCACGGCGGCAACACCUGCAGCUGUCACUUCUGCCACCACUACAACCACUUUGGCCCCCUCCACCACACGUGCCACUCCCCCCUCCACCUCCUCCGCCCCCUCCACCUCCAGCCCGGCUGCAGAGACCUCCAGCACCACGGCACGAGCCCCAACCACCAGCACCGACAAAGUGGUCCCUCCAACCACUACCAUUACCACUGGAGUGUCAAGAGUGACAACCGAACCAACAACAACCAGCAAGCCUGCUGUGCCAACUGGUGUGUCUGAAUCCUCCUCUCCGACAGUCAGACCGGACGUGGCGGAAUCUGUGACAACUGUGAGGACAUCUGCAGCCUCGCCCUCCAGCCCUGUGGGCACCACAGAGAGAACCACCAGGACACCCAGCCCCUCACCCACUCCUGUUUCUGCCAGCACUCAGAGGACAACUCCAGUCUCCCCCACAUCACUCUUCUGGCUGACCUCCUCUACAGCCAGGACGGGCAUCACCUCACAACUCCCCACUAGUGCCACCAGUGCCACCAGCGCCACCAGCGCCCCCUCACCCCCAUCCCCUACUGUGGCUGAGAUCACCAGCCCUACUGAGGGGCCCACCAGGGCAAGUACUCUGCCUGUACUCCCAGUCUCCACGACCAGGGUCACCACUGGGGCCACGUCCAGCACUGCUAGGGUCUCUCCCCACAUUACCACCUCCAGCACCAGGCAUACCACAGCAUCCGAGCCUUCAGCGGUGACCCACAGGUCAACAGCCUCUACAGUCUCCUCUACCACAGCUGCCACCAGAGCUCCAGAGACACCAAGUACAUCUGAGCACACUACACCAUCACUCAAACCAACCCCUGCAGCUGAGACUAGGACUACUGUAUCUUUUACAUCAACGAUAUACUCACUAGCAACUUCCCCCACUCACACUGUAGCUACUACUACUGUAAAGACUAUUCCGGAAUCCACUACAGAAUCAACCACACCCAGUCAGACUUUCACUACUGUGAAGACAACACCACCUAUGGCCCCUGAGCCGCAGACCACUCAGCCUGUCAGCUCCACAGUACCAACAGAGCAGACAGUACGAACAUCCCCCACAGAACCUCGGACAUCAACAACAGCCAUUCCCGAGCCGUCCUCCUGGACACCUGAUACAUCUCCAACAAGGACAACAACAUCAGCAGUGCCUGCAUCACCUACUUCAGAGCAAACAGCUACAACUAAGAAAACUACGACUGUGGUCACUCCAACAGCACUUUCUCCUCUGAGCACUCGUUUUACCGCUUCAACGCGACCACCUGAGGUAACGGCUACCAAAAAGCUAACAACUGCAAGAGAAACACCGUCACCUACUGCAUAUACCUCAAGAACAUCCUGGUCACCAGGGGUUUCAACCACUGAAAAGAUUACGGAGACCUCUGCGUAUGUCACUGUGGACUGGGCGCAGACUACAACCAGCCGACUGACCACUUCCCACACCACUCCUGUCCAGCCUGUUUCUACUGGAAUUUCCUCAACCACAAGACUUCCAGAGAGAUCCACAACAGCAGAGCCCAUUCAUACAGUCUCCACAACUACUCUUCCAACAUCAACGCAAACAGAGACCACAUCAGCAUUACCAACUUCUGCUGUGUCCCAGGUGCCAUCCACAAAGACCACAACAUACAGACCAGCUGUGGAGGUCACCAGCACCACGUCCCAGCCCAGCACACGGAGAACGACAGACUGGCAGACACCUGGCUAUCCAGAAACUUCUUCCACCCCCAUUCCUGUCACACAGAGAGUGACCUCAACAACCAAGUCUGUCACAUCACCCGUCACCACAGGUGAGGCCACAUCCAUGACGACCAGCACAGCUCCUCCAAGCCCCUGGGCUACGACAAGGGUUGCCACGUCAGUCACAGGACCAACUCUCUCAGCAACAACAACAACAAAAUCCACAACAACCACGGAGAGAGCGACCAGCCGAAUUCCAACAAUCACAACAACAAUUCCAGAGGUGACGACAAAAGACAGACUCAGCACUCUCUCAACAACUGGGAGGACGUCUCGACCGAGUAUCCAAACAACUACUGUGGGGCCAGUGACCAUACAUCCACAUACGGACACAACAAGAGUCCAUCCUGUAACAGGGAGGGUUGAGGUGUCGACGACAGACGCUACCACAUCCCAGCCCUCGCCCUGGUCACCCGUAGUCUACACUACAUCAGCCCCAGCCCCAGCAACCUCAAGGCCAAGCACUCCCUCCGAGAGAGUAACCACCAGAGUAAGCCCCACUACCCAAACCACAUGGAGCACAACAACACUCCGAACGACAUCCAGAGUCACUCCUUCUACCCCAGCGCCUCCUGUGUCCCCCACUGAAACAUCCACUUCAAGCACAACGACUACCAGAAUCACAGAACCCACAACAACACCACGUUCAACUUCAUCCACAGUGAGGACACCACCCGGUUCUCCGACUGUCGUUCCGCACACAGUGUCAGAGUCUGUGUCUUCCGCCCGCACUCCUCAUACCACCGUUAGGGCCGUAACCACGGAACUCACAACUAAAACUGAAGAGGCACCAACCACAAAGACCACGAUUACCUCCUCCAGGCCAGUGGUCACUUUGACAUCAACAGUAGCCCGACCCGAAUUCACCACCACCACCACCACAGAGAGGAUACCCACCACUACUUCUGCCUCCACGCCUACGGUGGAUCUCCGACCCACUCCAGAAGCCACUUCAGCACUGACUGAGAAGUCCACUCUUGGGCCAGACGGAGUGAAGACAUCGACCACUUCAGCACCAGUGACCUCUCCUCUUCCCACAUCGCUCUCUACCAUCGGUGCGGAGCCUGUGAGGAGCACCACAGAGACAUCGCCGUCACCCGUCACUCUGAUUACUUCAGAGGAGUCAUCUGAGGCCCCAGAGACGCCCUCUGAGUUACCCACCACCAUGACGGCUCCAUCUACCAGGAUGUGCACACCACCAUACUCUGAAAUUAUCGAUGACUGCACCAAAUACAUUUGUGUUGGUGGACAACUGGUUUUAUUCAACAAGUCUCAGAGUUGCCCCUAUAACUCCAUUCCUCCUAACUGUGGCUUGCUGGGCUUUGCUAUUCUCGUGAAUGGAGACAAGUGCUGCCCUAAAUGGGAUUGCCCAUGUCGCUGCUCUGUGUUUCCUGACCUUAAUGUCAUUACCUUCGAUGGCAACAGUGUGGCCAUCUACAAGGCAGCCUCCUAUGUGGUGACCCAGCUUCCCAAUGAGACGGUCAGCAUCCUGGUCCAAGAGUGCCCAGUUUCAGACUCGCUGCUUUGGAACUUCACCAACCUCUGUCUGGUAGCGCUGAAUAUAACACACAAUUCACACAAUGUCAUCAUCAACAGGCUUCAGAGAAGGUUAUAUGUGAACUCCAGGUAUGCCAAGCCACGAUUUAAGAAAUAUGGAUUUGAGGUCCUGGACACAGGCAACAUGUAUCUCAUCAGGACUCCAACAGGACUGAAAAUUCAGUGGUUUCACAGCACAGGAAUGAUGGUCCUUGAAACCGACACACACAGCAAAAAACUGCCCACCAUGGGAUUAUGUGGUUGCUGUGAUGGUAAUCCAGCUAAUGACCUGACCCUGUCCAACGGCACGACGGUGGGGGAGAGUGAGGACCCUGCUGUGUUCAUUGACAGCUGGCAGGUCCCCAACACCACCAGCUAUGUCAGUCACAGCCGCAGACGGGAGGUCAACUGCUCCACCAGUGACUGCUCUGAGUGCCUGGCCAUGCUUCACAACAACAGCUUCAUUCCCUGUCAUGAUUAUGUUCCCCCUGCCACCUUCUGUGAACUGUGGGUACGAGAUGCAGAGUAUGUCAACAAUCCAUGCGUGGCCCUGGCUGCAUAUGUCGCUUCUUGUCACAAGUUCAAUGUCUGCAUCGAAUGGAGGAGCCCAGACUAUUGCCCGUUUCUCUGCCCUGAGAAUCUGCGCUACCAGGCGUGCUUGACUACGUGCACUGCUCAGUCCUGUCCCAACCAUGAGUUUGAGUACGACCCUGAGCAGUGCUCCGGCCUGACCGAGGGCUGUGUGUGCCCCGAGGGGACCCUCCUGCACCGGCCCUACUCAUCUCUCUGCAUCCCUCCCACCAAGUGUGCGUGCACCGACAGUUUCGGGACCCCGCGUGCCGUGGGGGAGGUGUGGAAGGCCUCCAAAGAUGGCUGCUGCAUGUAUAGGUGUGAUAAUGACACCAUAGUGCCAGUGGAGUAUAACUGCACUGAGAUGCCCCAGCCUGAGUGUAAGAAAGAUGGAGAGGUGAUCCUCAGCCUGGCAGACGACAAGAGCUGCUGCCCAAAGAAAGCCUGUGUGUGUAAUCAGAGUCUUUGUGACGCUGCCCCUCCUGAGUGUAAGUUUGGAGAGAAGCUGGUGUCAUACUUCAGAGAAGGCUCCUGCUGCCCAGAGUAUGCCUGUGAGUGUGACCCAGGGCUUUGUGAGGCAGAGUUGCCCUCCUGUCGGGACGACCAGAGCCUAAUCGCCACAAAGGCCGAUGGGAGCUGCUGCCUGGCCUAUAUCUGCAUGUGCGACACGUGCCCAGAGAUGAUUCCGAAAUGUGAGGAGGGGGAGCUGCUGACGGUGGACGCCAACAGUACUGAGCGCUGCUGCCCAGUCUAUCACUGUGUUUGUGAGCUGUUCCGCUGUGCUGAGUUUUCCUGUCCUCUGGGCAUGGCUAUAGCCACAGACAGUCUCCCCGGCCGCUGCUGUCCUCAGCGCACAUGUGAGUGUGCAUGUGACAAAAUUCCAAGUCCAAGAUGUGCGCUGGGAGAGAUCACACAACCUGACAGGUCAUUUCAGUCCGACCCCAAAAACCAUUGUGGUUGUAAAAGACAUAAGUGUGUGCGAGACGCUGUCUGUGUGGAUGGGGAGAGGGGUGUGAUGCGGCCAGGCCAGACCAUGGUGGAGCACAGUGACCGGGGGGUGUGUUACACCGCGCGCUGCACCAACACCCUGGACCCGCUCACCGGCUACCACCUCAUCCGAACCGCCAGCACCAACUGCUCCGCCAAGUGCUACCCUAAUCAGAUCUACAUCCCACCCAAAGACCUGUCUGCGUGCUGUGGGGUCUGCGUGAACAUUUCUUGCCUUUACAAGAAUGAAAACAGCUCCGUCACUCUCUAUAAGCCAGGGAAGACGUGGGUGUCCGACUGCAUGAGGUAUGAAUGUGCAGAAACUCAGUCAGGCCCCACCCUCAUCUCAUACACCUACAGCUGCCCUCCUUUCAAUGAGACCGAGUGCAUGAAGAUUGGUGGUACCAUUGUAAGUUACAUGGAUGGAUGCUGUAGAACAUGUAAAGAAGAUGGGAAGUCAUGCCAAAAGGUGACCGUAAGGAUGACAAUCCGAAAAAAUGACUGUCGAAGUAACAGACCGGUGAACAUAGUGUCAUGUGAUGGGAAGUGCCCCUCAGCCAGCAUAUACAACUACAACAUAAACACCUAUGCACGUUUCUGUAAGUGCUGUCGUGAGAUGGGCCUGCAGCGGCGAACCGUCCAGCUGUACUGUAGCGGCAACUCAACCUGGGUCAACUACGCCAUACAGGAGCCCACUGACUGCUCCUGCCAGUGGUCAUAGGUACAGCACCGCACCCAGCAGCUCCUCCAGUGCCAGGGGACACCUGUCUUCCAUGCCCAACCCAGAGCUGGCACCACAGGGGUCAGGGACAGAGGUAGUGCCAGGACCAUCUGAGACCCUACUACAGGGUAGGGACACCUGCCUGAACAUCAGUGACUGGUUUUGGUGAAACAUUAACACUGAGGUUUGUUUUUGAAACGACUGCAGAAUAUUUUCGUUUGAGUAUUUAUUUGACAGAAAUUCAAAACUGUAAUUGUAAUGUACAGAUAGAAAGAUUGGACAUUAAGUUGAAGUCAGGUAACAGGUACAUUCAGAUUUAAAUAUGUCACAUUGGGGCAACAAAUACAGGAUGCAAAGGCCUGUGAGAUAGACAUUGUUUCAGCUGAUUAGAUUCAAAGCAAACCCUAUUUUAAUGGUUACCUCUACUGUCUAAAAAGCUGGGGGGGUGAAAAAUUGAUAGGAUUUACAUAAAAAAUUCCCCAUUUUUUUGUAAAUUUUGAAGACCUGGAUUGAUUUGUUACAGAGGCCAAAAAAAGGUGCUUCACAUAAAAAUAUCUCUAAAGGCAUUUCAGGAAUGGGGUCGCUUUUCGAGUAUCUGUAUGUCUGAAGAAAAACUGUAAUAUUAUAAUUAACACCAAUACUGUCACAACAUACUCUGUUAAAAACCAUGUCCCACCCCAGACCAGCAUAUACUAGCCUCAGAGCACUUAUCUGGAAAGUCUCACCAAAUAAACAGCAUUGUUGAAUAAAGAACCUAGUCGUUUCUACAUGAAACCAGGACACUUGUGUCGUUAUGUGUUAAAUACUGAGUACUAAACACAGGCCACAACAGAACUACAAGUCACAUCAGACAUAUCAUCGGGAAAUAAAUAUCUUCGCCCUUGACAUGCUGGAAGUGGUUACAGAUCUUACGAUCCCAAAUCGUGAGAGCGUACUGUGUGGCAUUAUUCAUUUUAAGAAAAGUGAUAAAGGACAGAACAGCACCGUGUCAUUCAGCUGGGUUGACAAGGG